AUGAGAUGCAAAGACGACUCCUCCGACGGAGGAAUCUCUCAUGUGCACCACUUGCGCUACGCCUUGGCAUGCGUCAUGUCUCUCCUCCCCUCCCGAGACUCUCGCUUUCACUUUACAGUGGGAGAAGUUGACUGUCUUCCGAUUGCAUCCAACGAUGGAUCAGAUCUUGUCGCAGCCAAGACGCUCGGAGAAAACCUGUCUUGCGUUUUCUGCAUUCAGUUGCCUGAUAGGCCCGUCACGGCACCAUGUAGGCACAAUUUCUGCCUGAAAUGCGUUGGGAUAGCAGCAGCAGAAGCAUCCACCUCUCAAGCUGCUGCUACUGGCAACGAACUCAAGAUAAGAAAAGGGACCUCAAGUAGCAGCAACUUGAGAGGUGAAUGCUUCUUCUGCUGCUACUACUGCUUGUACUUUCUCGAGGAAGAUAUUGCAUUUGUUGGUGGUCUCGGGUGGCAGUGGAGGCUAUUUAUGGUUGAACUGUUUAAGGAUGGUAUAGUCAGCGGCAAGACCAUCAACAAGUGCAAUAUUCUUCCUGGAGAAAGCACAAGCAGCAGCGGCAGCAGAAGCAUCCACCUCUCAAGCUGCUGCUUCUGGCAACGAGCAACAACCUGUGGAAGUUGA